AUGUGGACCUCCAAUGGCCUUAGUUAUGUGGCUAGUGGGGUAAGUGUUCCACUUUAUGCUAACAAAGUAACAGAGGAGCAGAAACGCCUAGGGUUUGCUAGAGUCCUAAUUGAGAUUGAUGUUCAUUCUACAUGCCCUAAGGAGUUGAUAAUUUGUCGAGCUAAUGGAGAUAUUGUUACUGUUGGUGUUGUCUAUUCAUGGUUGCCUCCUAAGUGCUCUACUUGUGGAACUUUUGGCCAUGCAACAUACACUUGUAAUAAGAAAGAACAGAAGGUGUGGGUGCCUAAGAAGAUCAGUAAUAGUCCUCAUAAGAAGGUUAGCCUUGGUGCUAAGCCGGCUUUUAAUAGGACUAUUAGCAAACCGGGGAUAGGCCCUAAACCUAAGAGUAAAAAAGGAGAGAUUCGGCUCUCAAAUUCUUUUGAUAGACUUAGCCAGGAUGGGGGGUUUGAGGAAGAGGAUAAGCCUAGAACCCCAACUACAUUCUUGCAAGUAUUUGAGAAAGCUAUGUCAGACAAGGGGAAGGGAAUUUUGGAAGCGAGCCCUGCUGGAAAGGGCUGGAAAGUUAUCAACAACUACUCUAAACAUUGUUUAGGGAAGAUAUGGAUAUGCUGGGAUCCAGGUGGAGUUAAGAUUGAUGUUGUUAAUGUUCAUGCUCAAGUUAUAACUUGUAGUGUGACGUUUCUAGAUUCUGGUGGCUCUUGGAUGAUCUCAGCAGUUUAUGGAGCUACUCAUGGACUUGAGAGAAGAAGUCUUUUUAAGGAAUUAACUGAGGUAAAGGUUGCUAUGGGUAGGAAACCUUGGUUGAUCACUGGUGAUUUCAAUGUUAUUAGGUUUCUGGAUGAGAAAUGGGGUAAGGAGGGUUUUUCUUGCUAUGAAAAAGAAUUUGUUGAUUGUAUCCAGAAUUUAGAAGUUGAUGAUAUUGCCUAUACUGGAUGUUUUCAUACUUGGACAAACAAGCAGAUUGGAGCUGAUUUUGUUUCCAAGAAAUUGGAUAGGGUGUUGGCUAAUGGAGACUGGUUUGCUACUUUUAGCAACACAGUUGUGGAGUUUCUUGAAAGGGGGGUUUCUGACCAUUCCUCUGCUCUUUCUACCAAAACUGUCUUGAAAAUUAAAAAUAGAGAGUGUUUUGGAGGUUUGGGGCUAAAGGUAAAGCAGGCUAGGGCUAAUUUAGAGUCUGCCCAAGCAGAGUUUAUUGCUUCUAGGGGAAGUGCAGAAUGUCAGGUGAAGGAAAGGGAAUGCCUUCAUCUUUUGACUUCUCUUUUAUCUGCUGAAGAAAACUUCCUCAAACAGAAGUCUAGAGUGAAAUGGCUUAAUCUUGGGGAUGGCAACACCGCAUUCUUUCAUAAUUCUGUUAAGGCUCGGAAUUCUUCCAACCUUAUCAAGAUGGUUAAGGAUGAGCAUGGUCAUAGUUACCAUGAGUUUAGUGAGAUUAAAAGGCUGGCUAUUUCUUUCUAUAAGAACUUAUUGGGCCAUUCUUCCCAUGUUUUUACUCCAGAGAAGGCUGAGAGGGUGGCUAAUCUCAUCAAAAAGAAAUUUUCAGUUGGCUGUGUUGCAAAAAUGGAAGCUCCUGUUACUAGAAUUGAGAUUAAGGAUGUUGUGUUUUCCAUGAAUCUGAGCAAGGCUCCAGGGCCAGAUGGCUUUUCUGCAGGGUUUUAUCAGAAAGCCUGGGCUGUAGUUGGUGAUGAUCUUUGUGAAGCUAUUCUGAAAUUUUUCUCAUUUGGAAAGUUAUUGAAGGAAACAAAUGCUACUAUUCUCACUCUUAUCCCUAAAAAGAAGAAUGCUUCUUAUAUGAGUGAGUACAGGCCCAUUGCUUGCUGCAAUGUAGUGUAUAAAUGUAUCACCAAAAUCCUUGCAAAUAGAUUGAUCCACGGGUUGGAUGAAGUGAUUGGUUCAAAUCAGGGAGCUUUUAUCCCUAAAAGAGGCAUUGCAGAAAAUAUCCUCUUAGCCCAAGAGGUUGUUUGUGACUAUCAUAAGACUAAUGGUGUUCCUAGAUGUACACUCAAAGUUGACUUGAUGAAGGCUUAUGACUCUCUGGAUUGGGAGUAUGUGCUGCACUGCCUAAAGUGUUUUGGUGCCCCCAGUAAAUUCAUUUAUUGGAUUAGAGCUUGUAUAACUAGUCCCAGCUUUACUAUUGCUUUGAAUGGCACAUUGGUUGGGUUUUUUCAAGGAAAGAAGGUGCUGAGACAAGGGAAUCCCAUUUCGCCUUAUCUUUUUGUUUUAGCUAUGGAAGGUCUGACUCUUUUGAUGGAGGAAGCUGCCACUUCUCCUCAAUUCGGUUAUCAUCCAAAAUGUGCGGCAGUCAAUUUAACUCAUCUGUGUUUUGCAGAUGACUUAUUGGUGUUUUCAGCAGCUUCUACCUCCUCUGUGACUACCAUUAUUGGAGCCCUUGCUGAGUUUGAGCAUAUUUCGGGUUUGAAGGCUAAUCCAUCCAAAAGUUCCAUUUUUAUUGCUGGAGUUGCUGAGGAUGUGAAGCAGAGUAUUUUAAAUAUUCUGCAGAUGCUAGAGGGUACCCUCCCUGUCAGAUAUCUUGGUGUUCCCUUCAUCACCAAAAGGCUUACUGCUAUUGAUUGUGAGGCUUUAGUAAACAAGAUUACUGCCUGGGAAGGAGGUCUUGGGAUUAAAAGAAUUGAAGUAUGGAAUAAAGCCUCUAUGCUCAAUCAUAUCUGGAACUUAUUCACUAAGGCUGGAUCCUUAUGGGUUGCUUGGAUUAAUGUAAACAGGUUUAAGGGUAGAUGGUAUCUUUUGGAAACCUUUGGCCACCGUAUUGUUCAUGAUUCAGGCUUUCCUUUACGGUCUAAAGUUGAAGUUGCUAUAAAAAAUGGAGAGUGGAAUUGGCCUCCAGCUUGUUCUGAUGCUUUGGUUGUAAUUCAAAGCAAACUCUUUGAGGUGGGAAUUGGAGAUACUGAUUUAGCUGUUUGGAAUGCUAAAAAUGGACAGUAUACAUGUGCUGAUGCUUGGGACAAGCUUAGAGAGGUGCAUCCGGUAGUUGGAUGGUGGAAAUUGGUCUGGAAAUCAGUUGCAGCUUUAUCCGUUGUUAAGUUUCUUCAUGGUAACAACCCACGACCAGAGGAAGAUCGAGUGGCUAGGUCAAAUUGGAGGUGCGGGUUAGAGUUGAGUACAGAGUUUCUUGUUAAUAGAUGGGGUUGGAGUUUUGAUGCUCUUGUAGUUGUUUGA